AUGAGUGACUCUCCUGAGCCUGGAGAUCAGCAGUACGAGAUUGAUCCCAACAUUCUCGCUGCUUUACCGGAGGUCGCCGAGGUUCUGGAGGCGACACACCAUGGAGAAUCUGCUUGGGCCAAGGCCAUGCGCAUCAAAGUGCGCCACACUGACGGCAGCGAAGAAUGCUACUUUAUGAAGGUUUCCACAGGCUAUCACGGGCGGGAGGCGCUGAAAGGCGAGUUUGCCUCGACAUCAGCCAUCUACUCCAUCACGCCAGACUUCUGUCCCAAGCCACUCGCGUGGGGUACCUUCCAGGACGAUCCGGAAUCCCACUUCUACUUGUGCAAGUUCUAUGACUUUACCGAGGGCUUGCCUGAGCCUAUUUCAUUCUGCAAGAAGCUGGCCCGACUUCAUUCCAGCCACACAUCGCCCGAGGGCAAGUUUGGUUUCCACUGCACUACAUAUAAUGGGGACCUGCCGCAGGACAAUACUUGGGUUGACACCUGGGAAGCCUUCUUUAGCAAUGGGUUGCGGCAUGUGUUGAGGGUUCGAGAGGAGAGAGCCGGACCCAGCCAAAAGCUUGAUGCGCUUCUCCCUCCGCUUUUUGACAAGGUUAUCCCAAGACUCUUGCGGCCGUUGGAGAGUGGGGGCCGGAAGAUAGAGCCUUCUCUAGUGCAUGGCGAUCUGUGGUGUGGAAACGCAGGGAUCAUCGAUGAGAGUUCCGAGGAGGGCAUCGUUUACGACCCUGCCAGCUUCUGGGCACACAAUGAAUAUGAGCUGGGUAACUGGCGCCCUGUGCGGAAUAAGUUCACUCAGCGAUAUUUUGAGGCAUAUCACUCCCACAUACCCAAAGCUGAGCCUGAGGAGGACUAUGACGACCGUAACGCCUUAUAUUCCUUGAGGUUCAAUUUGCAUGCCGCCGCCCUGUUCCCCGGCACCGAGUCGUUUUUAGACAUGGCCAUAGAAGAGAUUUGGAGGCUCACGGAACGAUACCCCGAAGGAUACACUGAAGAAGCUGAUGUUGUGGUCCAAGAAAAGGGGGUAGAACUGGUAGGCCCCCGAAUUGAGACGGGCCGGGCCGACCCUAGCUCAUUUCUGAAGCGUGCGCUAGGCACCUACCCAGGUACCUAA